CAACACUGCCACAAGUACAAGCAAUAGUGUUGCUCCUCUCGCUUAUUGGAUCUACACAGAGGGGUGUCUGGCAGCAAAGCUUCACAGGGGUGGUGUGGGAGACCUUACUACUUCGGUUGGGCAUGCAGAGAUCAAGGACCAUCUUCACAGUCAGAGGACGUCAGAGAUCACAUCUGUCGGAUUGGCUCAUAGGUCAAAGGGUCAGGCGUUUCUUUAACACAGGCCAUCGAUGUUCAGCAGGAUUUGAUCAUGCUCUGCAUUGUGUCAUUUGACCAAAGCCCAUUGAACAAAUAUGUAGCUGGAAGAAGAUUCCAGGGCAUUUCGGACUAGAUGUAAAAGAGAGUUAAAGUAACCUGCUUAACGUUUGUCUCACUGCCUGGUGGUCUGGUGUCCACGGGGGGAAGUGGUCUUCCGCCAAUGGGCUCCUGGGAGUCCAGGCCCAGGUUGAGCCAGGUUGUCCCGGUUCACAGCCAGGACCAGGACUCAGAGGCACAGACGCCUGGAGACCCCGGACCCCGAUGGACGCUCCCCGCUCUGCCCGUCCCAGCCGGUCAGAGGACCAGGCUGCCGCCGCUGAAACGAGUAGAGACCACCCCGUCCACACCCUCAGGGAAUCAUAAAUCCGUUGAAAGCAACAAUCGGAGCAUCAUUCACUCUCAUCCUCCCAAGCGACUGCAGAUACUGCAACCACUGGUGUUUCCUAUUGGUCACACAAACACUGGCACAGCAAAUGCCAUGUUGAGUGGGGGCAGAAGUGGGGGUAUCCCGCGGUAUUCUACACGCAGAGAGGAAGAGCACCAUGGAGCCAUCAGUCAAACGCAGGAGGGGUUUCUGAGGGCUCAGGGGGCUCUCCGUCAGCAGGCCUAUCAGCACAGACGGGCCCACCACCGGCAGGCCAGGGAACACAGGAGGAGCCAGAAGAGCGCCCACCCCUCUAACGGAGGUCCGAGCAGAGAGGAAGGACGGCUGGUGAGACGCCCCGCGGAGAGGGACGUUUUCUGGGGGGAGUACAGCGGAGGAGAGGGGUUGGAUACCAGGGAGCUCCUGCUGCAACCAAGCCCCCUGCCGCCUUUAGGGAAAAGAGAUGAGACAUGACCAGGUCGACGCCCCCUCGUGACCCUCUGGACAAUAAGAGCCUCACCUGGCCCGAGGCAGACUGAUUGGACUCUGGGGCUCGGUGAGGCUGCACACCUGUUGAGCAAUCAGUGUGCAUAGGUUAUAAAAACGGACAACACAGAAUAAAUGAGUUAAGUCGGGGGGGAGAGAGGGGGAGAGAGAGAGAGAGAGAGAGAGAGAGAGAGAGAGAGAGACAGAGACAGAGACA